AUGGCUCUCAUCAACUACUGUCCUACACUGGUUGCAGCCAGCGAAUGGCCAGAUGCUAUGACUAGCAGCAAUUUAGAAGAAGAUGCUGUUGGUAAUAAGGUCCUUUGGUUACUUGCAAAAGUCAUUGAACUCCGAUUUGCGCCACCUAGUAGCACCAUGCCAGACGGCCAUGAACAAACUCUACGAGACAUUGGCUCAGAGGUGGACAAGUGGUGGGAUGACCUGCCAUCAACAUCACGCGGAUUGUCAUCUGGUGAGAUAUCUGAAGAUGGCCUUUCCCAACUAUGGUUUUGCGUUCAGUCUGCAGCCGCUGGUUUGCUUUAUUUUCACAUGGCAAAGAUUUUGCUAUUGGAAGAGCCUAUCCGACCCUUAGAUCCAAAUUUAUUGGAAGGUCGAUAUGAGCAUGAAAGUUCUAUAGAGCAGUUGCAUCAUCAUUCUCGGGCCAUAACGUCCAUCUGCUUUUCGCCAGGUGUGCGAGACGGGGUAUUAGUUGUUGCGGUCAAUCCGCUGUACUACGCGGCGAAACAUGCCCCAUCGUUAUCUUUAAAGGUAAAGAUCUGGGCACUUCUAGACAAGAUUGAGAAAGAAUUAGGGUUCCACACUCGGACUCGUGUCAUGGAGUUGCAGAGGGAGCUUGAAUCACAGAUAUCGCAUAAUGUAUUAUCUUAG